CCAGGAAUAACUUUUUAGUGGUGCGGAUGAGACGCUUGUAUCAAUCCGGUUAAGUGAAUUUGGAGUGAAACUUUAUGGAGGCAACCCCAAACAUCUUUAGUGGUACUUUCUCAAUGUUCCAAGUGUCCAAACCGUUCUGUUAUCUGACAUCUGCUAGUUAUUAGACAUUUUAGCGGGCUAGCAAGUAUAGUUUACAAAUUAGCGAUUAUAACAGUAGCCAGCUAGCUAACAAUUUGCGCGAUGCCUCCAUUGGUUUUGAAGGGGAUAACUGUGGAUUUCCCUUUCACCCCAUAUGAAUGUCAGAAGGAUUAUAUGAACAAAGUGAUUGAGUGUCUUCAAAAUAAGGUUAAUGGGGUUCUGGAGAGUCCGACGGGCACCGGUAAAACAAUGUGUCUCCUCUGUGCAACCCUUGCCUGGAGAAACUACUUUAAAGACACCAUCUCUGCCCGGAAGAUAGCUGAGAAGAUGGGAGGAGCAGAGCUUUUCCCCAACACACCAAUGGCAUCUUGGGGAACCGCUGCAACCGAUGGCGAAACAACAACUUAUUACACGGACAUUCCAAAGAUCAUUUAUGCAUCCAGGACACAUUCACAGCUCACCCAGGUUAUUAAUGAGUUAAAGAACACUUCCUACAGGCCUAAGGUGUGUGUGUUAGGGUCCAGAGAGCAGCUUUGUAUUAACCCAGAGGUGAUGCGUCAGGAAAGCAACCACAUUAAGGUUCACAUGUGUAGAGCCAAGAUAUCCACCAGGUCAUGCAUGUUCUACAACAAUGUUGAAGAAAAGAGCACAGAUAAAGACCUGGUGAACUCCAUUCUGGAUGUAGAGGAUCUGGUGAAAGCUGGCAACAAGCAAAGGGUGUGUCCAUACUACUUAUCACGCUCCUUGAAACAGCAAGCAGACAUCAUAUUCAUGCCUUACAACUACCUUCUGGAUCCAAAGAGUCGCAGGGCACACAACAUUGAGCUGAAAGGGGCAGUGAUUAUUUUCGACGAAGCUCACAAUGUGGAGAAAAUGUGUGAGGAGUCCACCUCCUUUGACCUCACUCCAUAUGACCUGGCAUCAGCCAUUGACGCUGUGGACAAGCUGCUAGCAGAGCAGGCCAAAGAGGCUGGGAGAGGAGAUGUCUCAGAGGACUUCAAUGUGGAAUCCUUAAACGCUGGGUUGAAACUGGACAUAACAACCAUUGCUAAAAUAAAACAGAUUCUUCUGGAUUUGGAAAUGGCCAUAGAUUCCUACGAGGUUCCAGGUGACAAGGGGAUCACCAAACCUGGAAGCUUCAUCUUUGAGUUGUUCCAGAGGGCACACCUCACGUUUGACACCAAGACAGCCAUUUUUGAAGCCCUUGAACAGAUCACAGGAUACCUGGCUGGAAAACCUGGCAUAUUCAUGAAUACCACUGGAUUACAGAAAUUAGCAGACAUUAUUCAGCUGGUGUUCUGCAUUGAUUCACAGGAGGAGGGCAAAGGUGCCAACAUUCCCCCCAACAUGAAACCCAACACCACUCAAUUUAAAGUCCAUAUCCAUAAAGACACCAGUUAUCAUAAGAAAAAACUAAAUACAGAUGUGUGGAAUUCAUCCUCUUCAAAAAAACAAGGAAACGUUCUGAGUUACUGGUGCUUUUCGCCUGGGUUCAGCAUGCAGGAACUGGUGAGGCAGGGUGUACGCAGCAUCAUUCUCACUAGUGGAACGCUCUCCCCCAUGUCAUCGUUCACCUCUGAAAUGCAGAUACCCUUUCCAGUAUGUCUGGAGAAUCCCCAUGUGAUUCAAAAUGACCAGAUCUUUGUCAGCAUCAUCGACCGGGGUCCAGAUAGCGUGCAGCUCAGCUCAGCAUUUGACCGCAGGUUUGUCCCUGAAAACAUGACAUCGUUAGGAAACACGGUUGUGAAUCUGAGCCGCGUAGUCCCUCAUGGUUUGCUGGUGUUCUUCCCUUCUUACCCCGUGAUGGACAAGACACUCGAGUUCUGGAGGGCAAAUGGGCAUGCCGACCGCAUUGAGAAUAUCAAGCCCAUGUUUGUGGAGCCAAGAGGAAAAGGGACAUUCACUGAGAUUAUCCAUGGCUAUUAUGACAAAGUCAAUGACUCGAAAUCUAAAGGGGGCAGCUUCUUUGCAGUCUGUCGAGGAAAGGCCAGCGAGGGACUGGAUUUUGCAGACACCUACGGCCGUGGCGUUAUCAUCACAGGCCUCCCGUUUCCUCCCCGCAUGGACCCCCGAGUCAUUCUGAAGAUGCAGUAUCUGGAUGAGAUGUCCCGGAAAAAGACCCCUGGGGUGCAGUACCUGUCGGGGCAGAACUGGUACAAACAACAGGCGUCAAGGGCUGUGAAUCAGGCCAUCGGCAGAGUCAUUCGCCACCGAGAGGACUACGGGGCUAUCUUCUUGUGUGAUCACAGGUUCAAAAGCAUAGAUGCACGUGCUCAACUCCCAUCGUGGGUUAGGCCCUAUGUGCGCACCUAUGACAACUUUGGGAAUAUGGUUCGUGAUGUGGCACAGUUCUUCAGAGUUGCACAGAAACUCAGGCCUCCUCCAGAGAUGACGCCAGGAAAGGGUAGCUGUGUUGGGGCAGUGCGCUCAGCAGACCCUCAUUGUGCCAGUGCCAGACCCUGCAGCUCCUCUCAGGGCUUCAACCAGGGUGGUUUUGCUCAAAAGGCAAAAGUCCUUGAUUCUCAUGUGCCCAGUCUAAAGAAGCGACGACUCAAUGAGUGUGGCGGCAGUGAGGGGAACGGUAUGGCCAGUCUGUGUAUAGAGUACGAGACCGAGAUGGAGGCCGGCCGCAGAAGGCCUGUUGGCCUGCUGGACGCCCUAGAGCACAGUGACCAUCGCCAUGGAGAAGACCAGGGCCAAGCGGGCGAGGAGAGGGCUAAUCGCUUUUCCACUUUGUCUCUUCAAUACGACAAGCGCAUGGAAGACGAGUUGCGAGGUGGAAAGCGCAAAAUCAAGGUGGUCCAAGAACGGAAAACCGCCAUCACUGCUGACAUCACACCGGAAGAGGGCAAAGCGGGAAAAGCCAAGAUUUUCCUGGCGGUGAUGAAAAAGUCACUGAGUCAGAUGAAUUUCCAGAGAGUGAUGGCAGCCCUGCAGGCUUACAAACAGACGGACGACCUAGACAAACUGCUGGCUGAGGCAGCUGACCUCUUCACUGGGGACACCAACACCCACAGCCUGCUCAGAGGAUUCUAUCAGUUUAUACGACCUCACCACAAGAAGCUCUUUGACGAGAAAUGUGUGGAACUGACUGGUCUGGGUUGUGGCUACAAACCGGGUCACUCACUUUCCAAAGAAGAGAAAGAAAUGCUGAUGCUGAGUGGGGAAAUCGAGACUCAUCAGACCAGGCAACAUUCUUCCAGUCUUCAACUGUCCAAUUUUGUCACAUUGGACUCAAGCACCUCCUGCAGUCAGCUCAAUGCCAGUCAUCAGCUUAAUAAAGGAGGAUAUCACCUUGGAAGCCACGGUUUGGCUUCAGAGGAUCAUGUCCAGAAGAAUCAAGUGCUGACAGUUGAUCCUAAAUGCAAAGGCCAAGCACCAGUCAAUUCUACUCAGAAGAAUCAAAUCUAUGCCAACUUCAUCACUGAUGUGAAAAAUUCCAUUGGACUCGAGAAGUCCAACCAACUUUUCUCAGCUAUUCAGAGCUACAAGAAGACAGACAGCUAUGAAAGCCUGGUGGGCACAGUAGUGAGUUUGUUAACUGAGAAAAAUGAAGACUUUAACCUCCUUAGCACAUUUGCCCUGUUUAUCCGGCCUCACCAUAAGAAACAGUACAAAGAGAUGCUGGACGCUUUGAUAGGUGAUUUAGGAUCAAGUGCUUCAUCUGAGAUUUCAACACGGCUAAUGCAAGUUUCAGCACCUGGGAAUCUACAAAAGAAGAUCUCAUCUUACUUUCCCAGCAGCCAGAGGGACUGAAAGCUGUUGGAAGAGGAGCCCCUCCCAUCCAAGAAAAAUCUCCAUUCUAAAUGUUAUAGCUUUGGAGUGUUUUUUAACUAUUGAAUGAAUAUCACUUGGAAUAAAUAUGUCAGUUAUUGAAACUGUUUCCCAAUGUAAUAUUUUUAUUAAACUGUU